CCAGCCCUUGCCUACAGUAGAUGACAGUGGGACAGGGCACUUGAAAGUGAUGUCAUCAGCUUAAAAGUAACUCAACGUCUUUUCAAAAGUGACAAUGAGUUUAUCGGCAUUUCUGGGGCUUGACCAAACCAGAAUUCAAAGUGAUUUUGGUUUCACUGAAUCUGUUUACCAACACAUGCGAGUUCCUGAUCGUCUGAAAGUGGUUGGUCUUGGAGAAGAUAAAAGACCCCCUGUACUGCAGGAAGAAAUGCCCCCCCUCGCUUAUAACAUGUACAUACCUGAACGGCUAUCAGUAGCAGUUGAGACAUCUGAUGCUGGACUGAGAUUACCUUUAAAUCAUUUGCAGCAAGACAUUUCUGUUCUUGAUACAUCCUCAGAUACCAAUGAGAACCAACGUAUGAAAACAGAGAAGACACCGGCAAGCCCACCAGUAAGGCAAAAGGGAUCCCAGCGUCGAUCUCGGAAACAUCAUUCCCAAAGUUUAAGCGUUUCCAGUCAUGAGCACAGUCGGGCCCAAGUUCAGCCAGCCCCUUCUCCUUCACCAUCUGCCCCUCUCUUUCCACCUUUCCCUUCAUUUGAGCAUAAUGGAAACCUUUUCACUGUUCACAAUGUUUAUCACACAGCCAAGUAUCUUGGACAGGGCAUUUCGAGACUCAUGGUACAGAGUUUGGUAAAGAAGGUUCACAGAAGGUCUUCAACGGUCAUUGAAAAUCAAAUGGGCAACCUAGCUACCUCACAGAAGUCGCACCCCUUUUCUUGGCAGCCAUCUCCCAGUUCAGGGGAUUCAGGAAAUGUCUCCAAUGUUGUAUCACAUGACCUAAAUCCAAAAGAUGUUACUGCAAUGAGAAAACAGCUCACUCAGAUCAGCCACAGAUUAGAUCUUCUUGAAAAGGAAGUGCCGAUUCAUAAACGGAAAGAACUCCUGCUCCUGUCUGCAGUGGUUUUGGCAGCCGUGGUGAAUGGAUGGCUCUGGCUACGACGAUAACACAAACUUUUCUUUCUUAGUGGCUCUCAUCACAAGCACAAUCAUGGAAUGUUAACAUGUGGCAGAAAUAAUCAGAAAUUUGGAAUCAAAGAAGUGGAAUGCUGUGCUGAGCCUAUCAUUCAAGACCCCAAGUCCAGAAUGAGUAACAUACUGCGCCUUUCUUCCUACUUAAGCUGCGGCCGUGCUUAAGCAACCUCAACAAGCUCAGCGCAACUAUGCAGCACAAACCAGAGCAGGCCUACCUAACAGUAACAAAACAGGGCCCACCUGAUAGUAUUGAACAUAGUUAUCAAACCCUAUCUCAAACAGGUUUGCUACUAGCUGGUACACCUUUGCAAUACUAUUAUAUAAAUGUAAUACUAUGGUACAUUUUUUGUUAAAAAAAAAAAAAACAUGUUUAUUGACACAUUUGCAUCAAUAUAAACAAAGUAUAACAGCUGGAUA